CAUUCAUUAUUUCUCUGCAGACUUGAUUUCUCCAUCUUAAUUUUAUUUAUUGAUUCAAUCAUGAGGACACUAAGCUCGUUGAUGCGCUACUCAAAGGUUUUAGGAACUGCUAUAAAGCCUCAGAACUGCCUAAGAGCUCUGAGCACCAGCACAGUUCGAUCAAGUGACACCCUCAGUGUGCAUCGGGACACUCCUGAGAACAACCCUGAUACUAAGUUUGAAUUCACUCCUGAAAAUAUGAAGCGUGCCGAGGCCAUCAUGAGCAUCUACCCCGUGGGGCACAAGAAGGCGGCCGUGAUCCCUCUGCUGGAUCUGGCGCAGCGUCAGCACGGCUG